CUUCUUCGUCUUACGGGGUUUAAUGGCGGUUGGCGAGCCAGGUUAUAGGUGCUUUAGGGCCACCUAGUGGACUGGAGUACAGUGGCAGGAGGGAAAUGAAAUGGUUAAAUUCUCUCUGUUAUUCUUGAUAUUCUUUGAUAAUUAAUAAACAACGAUAAUGAACUCGAUGAAGAUGAUUUCUCUCCAAUGUAGAUUCUCCAAUGUAGUAUUGUGUCCCUCAUCUAAUGUUAAUUCACUCAUUUAUUGAUCAUAUUUGCUGCAGUGUAUUAAUACAUGUUGCAUAGUCCACUAGGGCAGUGGUUCCAAACCUUUUUCCUUAAGGGACCCCUUUCCUAUUAUUCAGUGAACUGACAACCCCUGAAUAAGUGACUAUUUCAUGGAUAUUUUAUAUUAUAUUAAUACAGAUCAAGUGAUAAACUGUACAAUUAACCCAAGUAGGUCUUCACAGAAAUUAAUACAAUUCUGAUAUAUAGGCCUACUGUGUAUAUUUUAAAGUUUUCUUACACCCCUUAAAAUCAAGAAGGCCUUGUGGCCCAUCUGUGAAGCUUUGGCGGCCCCUAGGUUCCUGUCCCCCAGGUUGGACACCACUGUACUAUAGUGCACUACGGGGCUUCUGUUCGAUUUCUUCUUUGUUUGAAUUAAUGUUAGUCGACUAAUGUCCAAAAUAUUCAACUACCACUCCUGCUGGACUUUAUUACACAUGAUAAAAAUCUGAAGUAUUUUGCAGGUAGAUGGCCAGCGGUGGAUAAAGUUCUUUGAAUAAAAAUACUACAAAGUAAAACAUCCCAUUGCAAGUAAAAGUCACAUAUUAAAAAAUGUACUCAAGUAGCCCUGUAAGUAUUAUCAGCUAUUUGUAGUAUCAAAAGAAAAAAAUACACAUAAUGCAGAAUGCUUCCUCAGAUUAUUAUCAAAUUAUUAUUUUAUCGGAUUCUUAUGAACAUGUAAGCAGCAUUUAAUGUUGCAGCUGGUCAACAUGGAGGUAACUUCUUUGUAUACUGUUGGGCAGUAUAAUAUAUGUAUAUUAUAUACAUUAUAUUUGAUAAACUGAUCAUAUGUUUGGUAUGUGACAUGUUAAUCAGCAAGUAACUCGUAACUAUAGCUGUCGCACAAAUAUAGUGGAAUAAAAAGUACAAUAUUUAUCUCUGAAAUGUAUAUAGUAUAUGGUAUUAAGUAGCAUACAAUGGAAACAAUUAUCUGAAGUACCAAUAUCUUAAUAUACUACAGUGAUUACAUUACUUACAGUAUUACAACACAGGAAUAAAUAUUCUCACUUUCUAUAUUACUUGAAAUUUCCUCCAUUCUCUUUCUCUGCUUCCAUAGUUUGGAGCUAUCUUUAUCUAAUUUGGGUUUAUUUCAGACACAUGCGUCAUAUAAACAAUAAAAUACAUACAUGGACAAAAAACAUAGAGACAUAAAAUCAUUGCAUUUCAUAAGUCCAAAAGAAUGAAAACACAUACAGACAUUUGUUCCAGUCUUCCCAAAGACAAGAUGAAUACCUUUCAUCACUUGGCUCGGUUAAGGAUAUAUUAACAAACCUAUAGGCCUAUUUCCUAACAUAGUUGCACAUAUUUUCCAUUUUAAUUUGUACUUUUCUCAUAUGGGACAUUAUUAUGAGUUAUAGAUAAUUUAAAUAAAACAGGAAUUGUAGACCCACAUGACUUCAUAUCAUUUAUAUAAAAAUAAUGUAUAUCUAAUAAUAAUAUAUAAUAUGUACACAUUAAUCUAACUACCCCAAAUCAAAAUCAAACAUAGAUUUCAGGACAGUCCAUGUUUACAGGUCUGAGAAGAAAGAGACAAUAAUACCAGAACAACACCGGAAAUCAGUCGAAUUUCCUUCAAAAUAAAAGCACCAAAUGUAAUGUUUUUAUUAUUAUCACGACUGAUACGUAAUACAUAAUAUUUGUACAAACUAUAUCCGACAACUGAUCUUCAUUCAGCAAGUAAAGAUUCAUCCGUAUUGUCUAUUAGCCUGCACGUACUCUGACUGAGCUCAUCCUGUCCGAUCUCAAGCUUGUUGACCAACGUGGCUGUAAACAUGCUGUUAAAAUGAGAGUUUGGGAUAUAAAAAUUUCCAUUUACCUCAACAUUAAUUAGUCUUUAAUUUGUGCUUACACUAAAAAAAAAAAAAAACCUCAGCCCGGAAGCACCUCUUAUAAUUGUGGUUAACUUGGUAGUCCUGUGGUCCUCGCUCCGAUCGGGCAGACAGCUCAGGGGGGUAGUUAACAUCAGCACGACCACGGAGCAGCUCUGAGUCUCUGCCCUGAACCCUCAUAAUGCAUGGGGGCAAGAGAGGACUGGUGGCUCCGCAGAACACUUUUCUCGAGAAUAUUGUCCGGCGCUCCAGCGAAACCAGUUUCCUGUUGGGAAAUGCACAGAUCGUUGAGUGGCCGGUUGUUCACAGCAAUGAUGGAUUCUGCAAGCUGUCUGGAUACCACAGAGCUGAAGUCAUGCACAGGAGUAGCACGUGCAAUUUCAUGUAUGGUGACCUGACUGAUAAGAACACUAUCGACAAAAUCAGAAAGACCUUUGAUAACUAUGAGUCCCAGUUCUACGAGGUGCUGCUCUACACAAAGAAUAGAACACCAAUAUGGCUUUACAUGCAGGUAGCUCCCAUCAGAAAUGAAAACGAGAAGGUGGUGCUUUUCCUCUGCACCUUCAGAGACAUUACACUGUUCAAACAGCCAAUUGAAGAUGAAGCAACUAGAGCCGGAUGGGCAAAGUUUGCCAGACUUACCCGGGCACUGACCAACAAUCGCAACCUGGUGCAGCAGUUACCACCGCUGAGCAAGGCAGAGGUCAGCCACAAGCCCUCCAGACUGGCUGAGGCUCUGCAGCUGGGAUCAGACAUUCUCCCUCAGUACAAACAGGAGGCCCCUAAGACCCCUCCACACAUCAUCCUCCACUACUGCACCUUCAAGACCACCUGGGACUGGGUCAUCCUCAUCCUCACCUUCUACACCGCCAUCAUGGUGCCCUAUAAUGUCUCAUUUAAGACAAAGCAAAACAAUUUGGCUUGGCUAGUGCUGGACAGUGUCGUAGACGUCAUCUUCCUGAUUGACAUCGUGCUCAACUUCCACACCACCUUUGUGGGUCCUGCUGGGGAAGUCAUUUCAGACGCAAAGCUGAUACGCAUGAAUUACAUGAAGACGUGGUUUGUCAUCGACCUGCUGUCCUGUCUGCCCUACGAUGUAAUCAACGCCUUUGACAAUGUAGAUGAGGAGGUCAUCACAUCUGCUUCUUCAGCAAGUCAUCUCCGCGAGUCUUCACAUUUCCACAGGAAUACCACACGGACAGAAGACUCUGUGCUCACAGGUCUCAGCAGCCUGUUCAGCUCCCUAAAGGUGAUCCGCCUGCUGCGGUUGGGCCGAGUGGCCCGGAAGUUGGACCACUACCUGGAGUACGGAGCAGCUGUCCUAGUACUGCUGGUGUGUGUUUUUGGUCUGGUGGCCCACUGGCUAGCUUGCAUCUGGUACAGCAUUGGGGACUACGAGGUAAUCGAUGAAACCACCAACACCAUUAAGACAGACAGCUGGCUCUACCAGCUGGCCCUGAGCAUUGGGACUCCUUACCGCUACAACGUCAGUGGUACAGGACAGUGGGAAGGUGGUCCCAACAAGGACACGUUGUACAUUUCUUCUCUGUACUUCACCAUGACGAGUCUCACCACCAUUGGAUUUGGUAACAUUGCUCCGGCCACAGAUGGCGAGAAGAUUUUCUCUGUGGCUAUGAUGAUGGUGGGCUCACUGCUUUACGCAACCAUCUUUGGAAAUGUGACCACCAUCUUCCAGCAGAUGUACACCAACACAAAUCGCUACCAUGAGAUGCUCAACAAUGUGCGCGACUUCCUGAAGCUUUAUCAGGUUCCCAAAGGUCUGAGUGAGAGGGUCAUGGACUUCAUCGUCUCCACCUGGGCCAUGUCUAAGGGCAUUGACACAGAUAGGGUUCUCUCAAUUUGUCCCAAAGACAUGCGGGCAGACAUCUGCGUCCACCUGAACAGGCAGGUGUUCAACGACCACCCAGCGUUUCGUCUGGCCAGCGACGGCUGUCUGCGCUCUCUAGCUGUGGAGUUUCAGACCACACACUGUGCACCCGGAGACCUCAUCUUCCAUAUCGGAGAGAGUGUCGACACCCUCUGCUUUGUGGUCUCUGGGUCACUAGAAGUCAUCCAGGAUGAUGAGGUCAUCGCAAUACUUGGUAAAGGUGAUGUGUUUGGAGACGUGUUCUGGAAAGAGACCACGCAGGCCCGGGCUUGUGCAAAUGUGCGAGCAUUGACUUACUGCGACUUGCACGUCAUCAGGAGAGAAGCUCUGAUGAGGGUGCUGGACUUUUACACGGCAUUCGCCAACACGUUCUCCCGCAACCUCAUCCUCACCUGCAAUCUACGAAAACGGAGAAUCUUCAGAAAGAUUGCUGAUGUGAAGAGGGAGCAGGAGCGCCAGAGGAACGAGGUGGCUCUCUCCAUUCCUGAAGACCACCCGGUACGCAAACUGUUCCAGAGGUUCAGACAGCAGAGAGACGCUGAAACACCAGGAGAGUCUCACACUUACUUUGAUCAUAACUGUGUGCAGGUGGAGCCGCAGCACCACCAUCACUCUGACUCAAACUCUUACACGCAGUGUCAGUCUGUAUCUUCUCAGCAGGAGUACAGCUCCACGGUGCAGAAUAAUGCACCCUGCACAGGAGGAGGAGGAGGUGCAGGCAGUGUGGCUGCAUCUCCACAAGCAUUUGUCCACAAAGAGGAGUCUGAGCAAACCUGCACACAAGAGGCCGGGGAGUCGAUACCAAGGCCUUGUGUGGAGAGUCAGCUUUGUCAGAGGGUCAGAACCCCUGUACGGAGCAGUGGUGCAGGCGGGGAUGGAGCUGUAAGUGUCGUUGCCAGCGGCAGAGGUGGUCGAGGUUGGGCAAAGUUUAAAACCGCCGCUUCAGCCGCACCACCUGCACCACCCGCACCACUGCCUCCUGCUGUCCAGCAAGAAAAGCAGCCCCAGAAAGCAGAGGAGUGGCCAAAAGGAUCCCAGUCCUCAGAACAAUUAGCAGCUGCCAACAAGAACCAGGAUUCGGAGGAGAUGGCGAGCGCAGAGGGUGGCAACAGCGCCGGAGAAGCAGGUGAAGAAACAAGCGCCCUGCACAAAACUGACUCCUGUGACAGUGGAAUUACAAAGAGUGAUCUACGCAUAGACCGGGCUGGAGAUUCAAGAAGCUCCUUUGAAAGAAGCCCUAUGGAAAAGAGCCCCAUGGAGAAGAACCCAUUCGAGCACAGUCUUGGGGUCGACUCCCUCAAACACACUUUCGUCCAGCCGGCGUCCGAACAAGCACUCCUUCAAGCGACCCUGCACGAGGCCAAGCUGGAGCUGAAGGGCGACAUUCAGAGCCUGAGUGGUCGGCUGUCAGUCCUCGAGUCUCAGGUGAGCGAGAUCCUCAGGCUGCUGUCGAUAAAAAGAAGACUCUCACUGCCACCGACGUCCUCCCCGAGGGCCAGAGUGAAAAGCCAAGACCCGUUCGCAGCCUCCAAGCCUGUCACACCGGAAGUAGAUGAUGGGCCUUUUUGAAUUCACUGAUAAACAGAUUUAUAAGAAGCACCAGUUUGCAUGUCCUGCUGGACUCUGGCCUGCCAAAGACAUUUCUUGCAUUAAACACUUGACUGCAUGCAGAAAUCCCUUUUAUGUUAUGUUAGCACUACAAAAACCCAGGGAUUAUUCUAAAAGACUUAUGAGGCACUUUUAUGAUCCUGUGUGUGCUAUGUUUGAGAAUGCCAAGAAGGAACCGGAACAAUUACUGAACAAACAAUAAAAAAACACAUGUUGCUUUAUUUAUUGCUAGGGAAUUAGUAAAUUUUUUACAAGCAUUAUAAACCAACGUAGAGCUACAUAUCUCACGUAUGAUUCUCCAAUGACGGCUUUUGUUAAAACAUCUUAGCCUGAUGGGACGAUCAGUAAAAAUAUUGAGGUCAAGGCACAUUUUAAAGGAUCAGUGUGUAGGAUUUAGUGGCAUCUAGUGGUGUAGUUGCAGAUGAUCGCAACUCCCUGGUUAACUCUCCAAGCACAAAGGAGAAAAUAUAGUGCACAGUGCACUGAAAUGUGUGAAAAACACCUCUAUCUAGAGCCAGGGUGUGAUUUGUCCCUUCUGGGCUACUGCAUAAACUUGGUGGUUCAACAUGGCGGACUAAUGAAACCGUACCUAUAAAUAUUAUAUUCCAUUUCUGCCAAUAGAUCCUCAUAAAUGUGACACACUGGACCUUUAAGUCUUUUUGUGAAGCUGUCAUCUUCACGAUCUUCCUGGACUUCUUUCUGGAUGUUAAUUUACAGUUUUUGGCAGAACACCUGACCAAAGGUUUAAGGGAGAUGCUUCACCAGCUAUAACCUUCAUUAUUAUUUAACUUGCUUGUGUCUUAGAGGAAGCAGCUCAACAGAUUGGAGCUCAGUAAACGUUUACACAAUCUCCCUUUACGUUAAAUAAAUGUCUCCCUUUAUCUUAUUUUGCAGGAAACUCUCAGUUGGUCGGCUUUUGUUGCUCCUCUUCUUCAGAGGAGUGACAUUAGUGGCUACCUUUAGAGUUAUUAAUUGUCAGGUAAUAAUACGUGCCUUACAAUAAUAAAGCCUCAUUCAGAAUUGUUUUAAUGAGACAUAAUCAACUCUUUUAGGGUUUUUGAGUUUUAUAUUAUGAAAAUGUUAACCCUGCACUGUGUAUUACUUUCAUUCCCAUGCAUGUUAAAUAGGAAUAGGAAUGCAAUAUUAGUGCUUUAAUUAUAGAUUUUUAUUGUUAGUUAUCAUUAACUCAAUUUUCCUGUGAAAGAUUUAUUUUCCUUAAACAAGAUGGGAAUAUUUCGACAGGUAAUUGCAGCAAACUUACUGUAAAUCCCUCAUGUGACUUCACUUCUUGCUCAGGUAUAUUUGAUUGCAUUUCAGUAUUUAUUUCAUUACCAGUGAUUUGUCUUUGUCUACUUGUAAGAUUAAAGUAGUAAUGCAAGAUUUUAAUGAGUCACCACACACUCGCUAUGCAAAUCUAAAUGUUUUGGCUAAAAUGAGAAUGAUGAUGAACAAACUGCAUGGUUACAGUUUUAGUUCAUGUUUUUAUUUAUUUCCUUUCUGACUGUGAAUCAUCUGAGUAUGAACUCUAAGGAUGUAAGCACGUGACUGUAAGUCGAAUCUAUUUUAUUUUAGAUAUAUAAAUGACCUUGCAUGCAUCCAGGGAACCUGUCAAGUGUGAAAUGAAUAAUGAAAACUGA